UCUGUCAUGACUUCUUAACCUUUUCUGAAACAGAAAAAAAAAAUUUCUCCCCUCUCUUUUUUGGCGAUAUGAAAAAUUGUUUUAAAAAUGUUUUGACUCUAAAUCUUCCGUUAAUUACAAAUCAAUUUGUCAAGACUGUUUUGAAAUUAGGUGAAAAUAGUGAUUCCGAUGGAUUUAAUAGUUUAUAUAAAUGGUGCGAUAUAAAGGAUGCAUUUAGAGAAGCAAAACGAAUUAGAAAACCGAUAUUUCUUUUAAUUCACAAUUCAUGGUGUCCGUCGUGCAAGAAAUUGAAAAAUAAAUUUUCAAAAUCAUUGAAGCUUAUUGAUCUUAGUAGAAAUUUCAUCAUGGUGAAAGUGGAAAAUACAGUCGAUACAGUGAACAAUAGCAAAAAAUUUUAUCCAGAUGGAAAAUAUAUACCAAGAAUUCUGUUUUUCACUCCAAAUGGUGAAUUGAUAAGAGAUGCUUAUAAUCGAAGUUCAAAUAUUGAUUCGAAAAAUCGUUACUAUUACAAUAAUUCUUCACAAAUUAUCGACACUAUGAAUUUUGUAUUAAGAUUAAUUUCGGAAAAUGAAUUCACGAAUUCAGAGGAAUAUAAAGACAAUGAACCAAUUAAUGAAAAUCCAAAUUUUCCAAAACCCAUUGUUACAAAUUAAAAAUUCGAAUCGUAAUUUUUUUUUAAUUAUAAAUUUUUUAAUUAAUUAUCAAUGAAAAGAAAGUUUAAAAAAUAUAAAAAAAUUUCUAUAUAA